AUGAGUUCAAUCGAGCGCAUGUCCCCGCUGGACCUUCUCAACCUCAACCAAACAAACCUCGAUCCUCUCACAGAGAACUAUGACCUUGGCUUCUACCUCAACUACCUGAACAAAUGGCCAUCACUCUUCAGCACAAUCAAAGACCGUGAAGCCGGAACCGUGGGCUACAUUAUGGGCAAAUUAGAAGAACAACACCCGUCCAUGCGACACUCAGAACACUACACCCCAUGGCACGGACAUAUCACAGUGCUCACCGUAGCACCGGCCUGGCGCCGCCUCGGUUUCGCACGCAGAUUGACAGAGCAGCUGGAGCGCGGGUCUGAUAGCAACAACGCCUGGUUCGUGGAUCUAUAUGUGCGCGCAGGAAACAAGGUUGCGUACGACAUGUACAAGGGCAUGGGGUACUCGGUCUUCCGGCGAGUGGUAAAUUACUACAGUGAUGAUCCGUCUGGCAUGUCUGACUCCGGGGAAGAUGCGUUUGAUAUGCGCAAGCCGUGCAGUCGAGAUAAGAAGCUCGAGCACGUGCGAGAAAAUGGAGAGAAUUUCCCAGUUGGGCCGGAGGAUGUCAUGUAG